AUCUAUAACUGGCUUUAGCAUGCUUCUACGGUAUUUUCCGCAUACAAGGACAUGGUGGGCAUAUGUUUUGGUGCUUGAAUAUCCCGAGGGAAAGGAAGGGAAAUUCGCUCGAGCACGCUAACAUAUCCCCACUAUCAAACUUUAGUUGAUCUCCAAGUCCAUAUCCCAUCAGAACUCGGUAACUAUCGAAAACUGCUUUGCCCGAUACCCUUCACUAAAAUAUUCUAUCAUUUGAGGUGAUUGAAUAACAUAUUCCGUCAAAAGUUGUUUUGAGCUUCGUCAUCGUAUGCUUCGUCCCAAAGAGGAAGGAUUGCCAAAUGCGCUCUAUAUUGAUACCUGAUGAGGCGACUGAAACUAUGCCCUGCGAUAGGAUAUACCCCGAAUUUUAAGUUUAGCGGGAUAGAUUGCAUGUUGAGCAUACCUAGAUCGCCGUUCAAUAUCCUUAUGCACUCUAGUGUCUGCCCAGUGGCUCGGUUUGCUAUGCUUACACUUAUCCCACACUGCCUACCCUUCACCUUUUGACCUAUUUCUUCCUAUACUGAUCUACGCGUUGAACAAUGAAGAAGAUUGAAGAUUGAGACACAUGGCGAACAGAAACUUCUAUAUGUAAGACCUAUCCUGGUUCAGAAACGGUGGUCAUCGACGUUAUUCGAAGUCAACAUGAGAGUAUUUUCUUGGUUAUUCUUAUGGUGUGCUGUGCUGCCAGUCAGCAUCAUCGCUGAGGCACUAUCAUUGACUGAUGCCGUUGAAGCUCUUCCUAAGUGUGCUGUAAGGUGUGGAUAUUCUUGAAUCUUCUCACGUUUUCUGACAAUAAAUUAGGCCACUUGUCUCACCACAGCUCUGGCAAACUCUACCUGCUCUCCUACCGAUCAACAAUGUAUUUGUACAAACGCGCCACUGAACACAGAACUUAAUGUCUGUGUAAUGGUGCAUUGUACCGUUAAAGAAGCACUUAGUAAGUCAAAUCCGUAUAUCAUAUCAACGUCAAUUCUAAUUGUUCUAGCUACUCAGAACGUAACUUCUGUCGCUUGCAACGCACCUUACAGGGACAAAGGGAAUUUCUAUACCUGGAUCUCCAACUCAUUCGUUAUUGUUUCUUGGGUGGCAUAUCUUUUAAGAAUUACAUCGAGGUUCAUUUCUGACACUAACUUUUGGUGGGAUGAUUAUAUGGCAACUGCUGUUAUGGUCAGUAGGCUUUUCCUGGAUCACGGACAUUACUGAUUCAAUUAUAGAUUAUCGGUAUACCAAGUUCCGUCAUUAACGUUCAAGGUCGUGAGUUUCCUGUAGUCUAAGAUUCUAUCCUGUACAUAUACUCAUCAAAUGGCAGUUAGUGCCCAUGGAUUGGGAAAAGAUAUAUGGACUUUAAGCUUCAAGGAUAUCAGCGACAUGAUUCGUGUAAGUACCAUCAUGACCUAUAAUCAUAGCCCAUAAACAUUCGAAACUGACCAUUUACAGUUCUUCUACGCAUCCGAGAUCCUGUACUUUGCACAAGUUAGCUUUGUAAAGAUUUCCAUCCUUCUCUUCUUCCUCCGGCUCUUCCCUGAACGCAAGAUCCGCGUAGCAAUCUGGUGUACCAUCAUUUUAAAUGGCGUAAUACUCGUAUUAUUUGACCUGCUUGCCGUCUUUCAGUGUCGUCCAAUAAGUUUUUACUGGAAGAGGUGGGAUAAUGAACAUGUCGGGACAUGUCUCAAUAUCAAUAUCCUGGCAUUUAGUAGUGCUGGUCAAAGUAUUGUUCUGGACAUCUGGAUGUUGAUACUGCCACUAACUCAACUAUACGAUCUUAACCUACAUUGGAAAAAGAAGGUUGGAGUGGGAGCCAUGUUAGGUAUUGGUAUUCUGUAAGGCUUUACUCUUUCCUUAUACACUAUCAUGCUAACCCUCUCAUCAGUAUCACUAUAGUCAGCGUCCUCCGUCUCAAAUCCUUAGUACAUUUCGCCAAUACACAAAACCCAACAUGUCAGUUCACCAAUUCCCCCGUCAUCAAACUCCACACUAAUCUAUACAUAUGAAGGGGACUACCUCGAAGUAGGUUACUGGUCCACAAUCGAAAUCUGCGUCGGCAUAAUCUGCUCCAGCAUGCCUGCCCUCCGUCUCCUCCUCGUAAGAAUAUUCCCCCGUUUCGCAAGCACAACGCACAACUCGAGCAACCACUCGAAAACGCACGGCAACGAUCCCAGCAAAAGACGCUCUAGCAUCCCCAAAAUCCAAUUCAGAAACGCGUAUAGGAGGGAGACUUUACAUUCUGGAGGCGCCGGAGGGCCCGGUAUAACGAUGAAGAAAACUUUCGAGGUGGUGUCGAAUCAGCGGGGUGGAGGAAGAGGAGGAUUUGAUGCGGAAAUGGGAGAAGAGGAUGGGACGGAAUUGGUUCAUCGGCCUGGAACGAAGGAUUCGGAACAAAGGGUUAGUUUUGAAUAUUUGGGGAGUCAUUUAUCAUCGCCUUUGGAUGGGAAGGGUUCGCAGGGGAGUGUGGAUGAUGAGGGGGAGUUGGGAAGUCCGAGGAAUAGGGGUUGGGUUUGAUGGUUUGAAUUAUAGAUGUAUAGAUGUGUAUAUAUUUUUGACUUUGUAUUUAUGAAUGAAUGAAUGAAUGAAUGGAUGGGUGGAUGGGU